GGGAGGGCUAGAUGACGGAGCGAUAGACAGUGGAAAGAGAAUUACGGUGUGAAAUAAUAUCGGAGCUAUGGUUUAUGAGCUGAAAUAAAGAUCAAGAGCCAGAAGAAAACAACCCUUCUCUGCAUUCGAAAAUGAGGUACUAACAGGACCCAAGAUGUCUAUAAAUUAACAGGCUUCUUAGACAAUUUCCCAAAAAGUGGCACAUAUAAAGCUUUCCCACCAUGCACCCUUCCUCUCGCCCAUCCGUGCCCCCUCGUUCCCGAAGAUUUGACAAUAGGCACAUAGAGGCAAAACCAAGCCAAGGGACUAAGAGAGAGGACAAAAACAUGAACCCUGCAUCAUCUCGUCGUGGCACUCGAGGACCACCUGAGACUUCCAGGUUAAAGGGCCCCAGUCAAGGUCCACGAGCCCCAGUAGUUCAGCCCAAAUUGUUUCGUUCACAAAAGAUUGGUGCUCACGCAAUAUCAGCAAUCUCAAAACCAAAAAGUGGACACACUGUAUCAAAUAUUGCCCCAGCUGUGGAUCCAAACUGCAACGAGCCCAGCCUACCUUGUUUGUGUUGUGAUGGCCAUUCACCUCAGGAUAGUAACAGCCUUUUUAAUCACAACCAUAACAAUAAUAACACUGUAACCAUCAGGCAACAAAUGAAACUACCACCACCUCCACCAACUCACAAGGAUAAAUUGGCUAUUUUAAAACACGAUGUCAAAGAUGAGUGCAAGCCAGAAGUAAAGCAACCUCAUGCCAUUCCAGUGGAAGAGAGAGAUGAAGAAAAUGGCAAUGUGGAUGCAAAAGAUGGAGAUGACCUCAAGAACGGUGAAAACAGUGUGAAUGGCAACAUUGAUGUGAAUGGAAACGGCAAUGGUGGUGAUGAUGACGAUGAUGAUGAAGAUGAUGAUACUCUUGUUCCUUCUUCUUGCAAUUGCCCAGAAUCCAUGCUGGACUUCUCUCUUACAUCUUCUACCUCAUCUUCUUCCACAUCCAUUAGCAGCUGUUCAGAUCUGGAGUGUGACUUCCCUGAUACAUUUUCACUGUCAUCACAGGAUCAAGAGGUCCCUGAUCCAUCUUCUGAUUCCCCCGUCUCUCAUUGCCCUGCCUUUGAGACCAGUGUUUUACCAUUGGAUGACAACACUUCUGCAAGACCACCAUUUUCUCUUUGCUCGCCUGAUGAAGGCUAUCCCUCAGCCCCAUCCUCCCCCUGCUCUGACUACACAGACAGAAAGGCAUCAGAAGGAAAAUGUAUUAAAGUAAAUCUCCUUAAUUUUUUAGACUCAAUGGAAGAGUUAGGCAAAGUGGAUCUGUUCUACCGCAUUGUUCAUUUGGCACGUUGGGAAUUGGACAAUGAGCUGAUUGUCAGAGAUAGGAUGGAUCACCAACAGAAGCUUCAGAGGGUCAACAAAGAAGUGAAAUUGGCUUAUCUUGUGAAACUUCAGGAAGAAGGAUUGGACCUUAAUAAUGAGGAUAUUCCCAGAGUUUUGGAUGAAAUGGAAAAUACUGAAAUUCCAUGGAAAUUGUAUAAAAGCAACAAAUCGUGUGAUUCCCAGGAAUUUUCUGAUGCAGGGGUGGAUCUAACAGCCCCUUCUGACUUUGAUGAAACCCCUGUCCUUGAUUCUCUGGCUUCGUCACCACUGGAUCUUGUUCCCCCUCCCAGGCCCCCAAAACCUCCAAAAAGGCAUGUAAGUGCCCAGCCAGAAUCUCACAUAUACAAGAACAUCAGCGGACAGGUUUUCUCAGUCUUGUCCACCAAUGAAACUAAUACUUUUUCAACAGUUGUGUCUGAUCCUACAUUGUCAUCUUCACCCCCAACCUCAAAACCACCUGCACUUCCUCCUCCUCCAUCACAGCCUGUGCCCUACUUUACUCUAAAUACAGACUCAUCCACUCUCAUCUCCCCCACACCACCCAUUCCACCUCCUAGAAGACGUCAUAAGGCCCGUCUAGAGGCCCAGAGGCUUGCUGAGCUUAAAGGAGAAAAGACCACCCAGUCCCUUCCACCUCCAAUUUCCAGACCUCCUCCACUGCCACCUCCGCCUGCCUUGACCACACCUCCAGCUAUUCCACCUCCACCAUCGCUCCCACCCCCUCCGUCUUUUCAUGCAUUGGAUGUAGAAAUCCGAAAGUUGCUUGCACUGGCAGGUCUUACCCAAGCUGAAUUGCUUAAACUCAGUCCAGAGUUGGGAGUCUGCGUAGAUGUUGUUCUGGAGAAUGAGAAACAGUCAGCAUCCGAUAUCUCUGAGGUGGGAGAACUUAGAUCAAACAGUACACAAAAGAAAGAUAGAGAGGGUGUGAAUGAGGAGUUGGAUUCCAGAUUGAGAGAGGGAACUAGAUUUGGGAAAGUCAGAUCCUCAAGUGCAAAGGAAUUAGAUGCACUCAAUGAAGAGGAAGAUUCAAAAGAAGAGCAGAAAGAUGCACACAGAACAACAACCUUCACGGAAAUGGCAAGACGACGUAAGAGAAACAGUGGAAACUGUAAUUAUAGCUGCAGCUGUACAUUUGGAUCCGAUCUCACUUUACCUUCCAAUGCCUAUUACAGUACUGGACUUAGCAGUGCAGACAUUCCAGAUGUUAGCUUUGGGAAUUUUGAUUAUACUUCAGCAAUUUCUGACACCCCUCCUCCUCCACCUCCAAGACCUUUGCCCCCUCGUCCACCAAUAGUCUCCAAUCCUUCUGAACUUCCUCGUCUCAAGCCAUGCACUGUACCUGCCAAUGCCUCUCGUCCAGAAAGAUUUGACUGGCUGAUAGCUUUCACCCCAGAUACAGAGUCUCCACCCCUUGAGAAGCAAAAACCAUCCAAUGAUGACACGUUACACAAAUCAACUUCAGGCUUAAAAGUCACAACCUUUAAAGAACUACGCAAUAGAAGCAAGCAGGGUUUACCACCAGCCCAUGUUCUAUCAGAACCUGAUCCAGCUGUAGUGACCCCAGAUCCGGAUUUUCUGUACAACCUCAAAUGGAGGAGAGAGAAGAUUGAUGGAGAUGGCUGGGAAUAUACUUCCCAAGCCCAAGCCUCUUUUCUCCAACCACCACCCACUCCUGCCUCAUUGUCCCUUUUCAGGGAAAUGUGCCACCUGAAUAUACAAGACCGGCAGAGUCCAGCAGAACCCAAAGCUUUCCAACAAAUUGGAUGUUCAGUCAGUGAUGGCAGCCUAAGGACUAUUUGUGAUGAAAGAUAUAAAGAGGGUCAACCCAAAAAGAUGGAAGAUGGAGAGAAAGUAGAAGUUAGAGGAAUGGCAGAUGGAGCAUGGACCUUUGAAUCAAGGACAACAGCUGUUCGCAGCGUCUCAUUUGCUGGCUCUGAGCAGAAAAACGUGGCCUGGAUAGGAGAUGAUGCAAGGCACUUAAUGAGAACUGAAGGGCUGUCUUCUGCAUGCCUGCAGGAAAAGAAAUCUCUUGUCAGUUCAGUCAGUGUGGCAGUGGAGGCCAUUUUGGCUCAGUUCAAGUCAUCUAGGACCCUUGUGCAGAAGGCUCUCUCUGGAGACAGCAGUGUAAAUCCCUCUCUGGGUCGCCUGGUACUGCAGUGCCUUUGCCCAGCCCUGCGCAGUCUGCUCUGUGAUGGACUCAAACCCCAUCAAAGUGACCUCAUUGCAGGCAGAAGGCCAAAUUCACCAUGGGGAUUGGUUUUAGCUUCCACCAAACCAGGCCCAAGCACACAGGCCUUGCACAACCUUCAGGCUAAAGUAGCGGGGCUUCCCCAGCUUAAGCAGAACAGACACAGGUUCAACGCCUUCCUGUUUGGUCUUCUUAAUAACAAGCUUCUGGAUUACUGGUUUUCACAUCUGCACUCCUGCUGUGAUGUGUUGGAGACUUUUUAUCGGCCUACAUCCUUCAUGCGACUGUCACUCACUUCUUGUCAGCAUCUUUUUGAGGAGCUGCUUCUUCUGCUACAGCCUCUUUCUCUUCUGACCUUCAACCUCGAUCUGCUGUUUCAGCAUCACCACCUAGACCCCACCUCCCCGACUCUCACUCCAGCCAGUCACAGCUCCGAUGUACGUAGUCCGCCAAAUGAAGACUUCAGCUUCUACUUGUCUCCAAAGGGGCUUUUCAAUGGCAGUGGCCAUCAUCUUGGAAGCGUAUUAGAGCAAGACCACAAGGCCUUAGAUUUACAAGGCCCUAAUUCCAAUCCAGGUCUCACAAGCCUGUCCAGUCAUGCUUUUGAUGUGUUUGAAGAUUCAGCCUAUCGCAAUCCUGUUUCAGGUGUCACCAAAGAAGAAGCUAGUCCUCCAUUAUCAUGGCUGAAGGGAAAUGACAUACCAAUGCAUUUUAGUAGUGAGAGUGGAGCAAGUCUUUCUCAGCAGGCAGGCCAAGCUUUUCAGCAAGGUUGGGGGGCGGUAAUGCGUUUGGGGGAGCGUUUGGGGCAAAACUUUGGUUUGGCCACCUCUAACUUCUCAGAGGAUGUUAAAAGCCCCAAUUCACAAGAUGACUUGCAGACGGCCUUCCCACUGCAUCCGAAAAGUCCAUUUGAAAACGGACAGCAACCAAGAGAGGAGCUUUCCUUGUGGGAUCGUGGAACAACUGUUCCUUGGAGCUUAGGAAGGCUUUUUGGAGCUUCGAAGAGCCCCAACAACUUACCAACAACAAUCAGACGGCCUUCACAGUGGCUCUCACCUGGGGUAUCUGUUCUUAACCGCUUUGUGAAUCGUGGCCAGGAUCCUCUGUCUGAAAAAAGAGAGAGAAACACAGAUGAGGAAAAAGAUGAAAAUGAAAAUUGCAAGAAAACCAGAGAUCAACAGAAGCCCCUGAGGAUGAUCAGAACACUGUGUGACUACACAGGCACUGGUGCAGAGCUGAGCUUCAGGAAAGGGGAGGAGCUUGUUCUGUUAGGAGGUGUGGACCAUGACUGGAUACAGUGUCGUCAAGGUGACAAAGAGGGCCUUGUUCCCAUUGGUUAUGCUUCACUUGUCAUGUGACUUAUACUUAUUUCCACUUGUAUGUUUGUGUGAAUAUCAGGGGAUAUAGACUACUGAAUAAGGAAAAAGAAACCAUAUUAAGAUGUAGUAAUUCGUAGCAGUGUUAUGUGCUUAUUUGUUUAUCUAUGAGCCUUGUUGCCUGGUUUGUGAUGUCUGAAAUAUUUUCGGUGGUAUAUACAGACACUAUAAAUUACUGUAUAAAUGAUAAAUAAAUCGUUAUAUAUUUACCAUAGACUUUACUAAGAUAGAUAGACAGAUAAACAAGAAAUAGAAGUAGUGAAAUGAAAAGAAUCACGUUAAAAAAAUAAAAUAAAACCAUAAUAUUGUAUUUAUUAUUAUCUGCCAUAACAAAAUGCUUCCAAAAAAGCGCUUAGCACAUAGUUAUCAAAAUACAAAAUAAUAUUUACAAAAUUAUAUUAUAUUACAUCACAUCAAGUCUAUAAAUAAAUAUAACCAAUACUGGUACAGUUUGCACCACUUUUACUAUUAUACCAUAAGAUUAGCCGUAUUUUGGCUUAUUUUGGGGCUGUAUUAGACUGUUUUACUAAAAUUAGUUUAUUUUAUAAUCAAUGAUUUGGUGUUAUUAAAUAUAUUGAGCUAGUCAAUCCAAAAAAUGAAUUCUUUAAAAUAAUUAUAUUUGCUAUUCUGUGAACACCAACAAUUAAUAAUAAAAGAAAGAUGAACACUUGAUUUUGCCUAAAUAUGCCCCAAAAAACAGCAAAAUCUUUCUUUUUUCAAAUAUCAGAUUGGUGUAGCUUUAUAUAAUUUCAUUAUAAGAAUUGUUGUAACUCUCAAUGGUAAUAGUCAAAUAUCUCAGAGCUGUAGUGUUUAGGUAAUAGUUUAACUUUUCUUUACAAUGUGAUGGUAAUGUGGUAAGAUCUGUAUCAUCAUGAGCUUGAUAGUGAUGACUAUGCAUAAUCUGUACUGUAAUAUUUAUGAGGUUUGUUGCUGAAGAAACCAUAUACUGUAUGAUUGAUAGCAUUAAUGAUUUUCUUUUGAAUGGAUAUUCUGUGUUGGUUAAAUACUUUGAAUAAGAGAUCUACAUAUAAAACCUGCAUGAAUGUGUAUGAAUGUGUCUAUAAAUUCUCACUUAAUCAUUAAUACAACUUUCCUUUUCAUUUGUGAGCAUGCAUAGGUACAUAACUCAAAAUUCACACUCUGUGCUAAGGAUAUGGGCUUGGAUUGUAGUAAGAAAGUUCUUUUUUAAUAUGAGCUUGCUUCAUCUAUUAAGUGACACUGUACUUUCCAAAAACAUGAAUAUGACUGUACAACAUUUGUGUCACACAACAGCAACUCCAAAUCAAACGUAUCUUGACAUAAACACUAAAGAAGAAAUGGAGUAUGCACACUAGGCUGCUGUAUCGCACACUUAUUGACUGAUGAAACAGCUGUCAAAGAUCUGGAGAAAGUUGUCAUGUUAAUGUGCUAGAUUGCAUGAAACACAGCUUUAUUUGCUAAACCCCAUACUGAUAAACCUUCUGCUCUAUUGCAACCAAUAGCAGAAAGGCAGAUGGCUAUAAAAUAGCAGAAACAGAAGAAAACCGACCAUUUCUUAAAACUGAACCAAAAUAUUACACUUAAUUCAUAGUUUUUUAUUACCUCAAGUACAGCAGGGGACAUUUGGUAUAUUGCCAUAAGGUACAGUGUAAGAGACAUCUAAAAACAUUUAAGACAGAAACGUUGUAAUAUUUCUACAAUAAUUGCCUAAAAGCUUAAUGUCCCUGUUUUAAAAUGUAAGAAAUGUUUGAAAGUGCAAUGAUAGCAGCAACACUGUAAAAAAAAUGUGUUAGUUUAACUUAAAAAAAAGUACACUAAAUAUCUUCGGUUGCACAUGAUUGAAUCAAGUUUUCUUAAAAUGAAAAUUAUUUAAAUUAAUGUUAAUUUCAUUUUAAGGAAACCUAAUUCAAUCAUGUGCAACCGAUGUCCUGAAGUUUUUUUUUUUUGAGUAAGUAACCUGGUUGCCUUAAAUGUAAAUAUUAGUUGAAUCAAAAACAGUAAUGUAAAAAUUGUUGUGUUAACUUAUAUUUUUAAAAUUUUAAGGCAGCCAGGUUACUUACAUUUUUUUAAGUUGAUAAACAGUUUUUUUACAGUGAAAAGAGAUUCAGUUAUAAUCUUACCUCACAGUGCAAACUGCAAUCAUAAAUUGAUGAAGGAAUUUUUGUAAACUUAUUAUUUUCAUUAUUAUUUGAUAGCUGAUAAUAAAAGCUGAUAACUUUUAUUAAAAAAUAUGUUCAACCCAGUCUCUUUUUUAGGUUAACCACUUGGCAAAAUCACAAGAGUAUGACCUGAACUCCCGCUGAAAUUUAUUUAAAAUAAUACACACAUUCACAUUGUUUACUUGUGUCAUCUAUAUAUUUAAAAUUCCUAGCAAAUUCACAUUCUAGCAAAUAAAAUAAUUUCAUACGAUUUUAAAUUGUUUGACUAGUUGACUGGUUUCAAUUAAAGGGGACAGAGAAUGAAAAACCAUUUUUACCUUGUCUUUGUUGAAUAAUGGUAGUCUACCCACAUUCACAAACAUACAAAAAGUGCUAGACAUGCUAAACAUCUCAGUCUCAUAGAAAUUCCUCUUUUAGAAAUGUCAGCCAGAAAACGGCCCAAUCUGAAAAACUGAUGCUUAUGACAUCACAGGCAUCUAACUGUC